AGCGCACAGACGGACUGAAGCACUUCGAACACAAACAACAACCAGAACAGAAGAAGAAGAAGAAGAAGAAGAAGAACAGAAAAGGAAGAAAAAGAACAAGAACAUCCAGAACAUGUUUUCAUUCCCAGUCUUCCUUGUCGUCAUCAGUCUGUUCACAGCAACAGAUGGAUAUGCCUUUUAUAUGACACAACGCUGUGGCUUUAACUCCUCUGAACUGAAGGACAUCGAGUACACAGUCUCUUAUUUCUACAAUAAACUGGAGUAUCUGAAGUUCAGCAGCAGUUUGGAUAAAUAUGUGGGAUACACUGAACUGGGAGUGAAGAACGCAAAACGAUUCAAUGAAGAUCCUUCAAUAAUGGCCCAGACAAGAAGUAUGAAGGAGAGCGUCUGCAAACCCAACAUAGAUGUCUGGCAGAAGAUUGUUCUGACUAAAUCAGUUCCUCCCACAGUGCGUCUCUACUCCACCACACCUCCCUCUGGUGGACACCCGUCCAUGCUGGUCUGCAGCGUCUACGACUUCUACCCCAAAAGGAUCAAAGUGACCUGGAGACGAGACGGACAGGAGGUCACCUCUGAUGUCACAUCCACUGAUGAGCUGGAAGAUGGAGACUGGUUCUACCAGGUCCACUCCCACCUGGAGUACACACCCAGGUCUGGAGAGAAAAUCUCGUGUGUGGUCGAACACAUCAGUCUGAAAGAAGCACUGAUCACAGACUGGGAUCCGUCGAUGCCUGAAUCUCAGAAGAAUAAAAUCGCCAUCGGAGCCUCAGGUCUGAUCCUGGGUCUGGUUUUAUCUCUGGCUGGAUUCAUCUACUACAAGAGGAAGGCCCAAGGUCGUAUUCUGGUCCCUACCAGCUGAUUCCAGUUCUGGUCCGAGUCCUGGUCCCAGUCCUGGUCCCAGUCCUGGUCCCAGUCCUGUCCUGGUCCCAGUCGCAGUCCUUGUCUUGGUCCCAGUCCUGGUCCUGGUCUUGGUCCUGGUCCAGUCCUGUAUAUUCAGUUCCAUCCUGCUGU